AUGACACUUGAUAGAAUUACUUGUAUUAUUCAGGUUAAAACCGCCAUGAUACCUAGAGAGGAUGUUCCGGUCGGUAGACUUGCGAGACGAAGACGGCCGAGUUUUAGAAAGAUAACACCUGCAAGAAGAAUAAGAAGAAUACACUUAUUUCACCCUGGUUAUCGAAAAAACAAUGAAGAAAAUAUAAAGCAACAGGAUAAGAGACAUCGACCUUUACACUUCAAGUAUAUAUCACUCAAUGUCUUAUUAACUUUUAGCUUGACAACUGAUGAAAAUUGUUCAAUUGGAUUCAGUUAUCGAGAACGCGGAGGAGUGCAAAUAUACCGAUAUCCUCUAGUGAACACGAUCUUCUAUGUCAGCCACUGGCUAUGA